CUUGUAUCACGGCUCCAUCAGCCACUGGCAAGUUCAAGACGCCCUUAAAGGCAUUCGGCCUCGACUUCAACUCACUCUGCAAGUAAAACGGGCUAUUCCGGUCCCUGGGUUCCAAAUCCGCACAAUCCGGUCCGCUCUGCUGCCCAGAGAAAUUUUCACGAUGGGCGUGUCGGAACAGAUCAAACGCGUCGAGCUGCCAAACGGGUCUCAGUGGAUUAACGAUGAUGUACGGCCCGUCAACGCCGAGAGGCGCACGUGGACGUUCCUCGCCUAUCACAACUUCUGGCUGUUGAUCAACUGCAACAUCGCAACGUUUCUGACUGGCAGUGCACUAAUUCCUCUGGGAUUAACCUGGUGGCAAGCCAUCAUCUGCAUUAUUGUGGGAAACCUCCUUGCUACGGGUGCGAUCCUCCUGGCCUCAAUGGCUGGAGCCUAUUACCAUAUUGGUUUCCCCGUAUUUAGUCGAGCAGUGUGGGGUCUCUGGGGCGCCCAGUUCGUUGUCUGGAACCGCAUCUUUCUGUCAUUAGUUUGGUAUGGCUUCCAAUCAUGGGUCGGAGGAGAGUGCAUCUACCUCAUCAUUCUAUCAUGGGAUCCCGGCUUUGAAGGACACAUCCACAACACCAUCCCCGCCGACACGGGAAUGACGUCGGCCCAGUUUCUGUGCUACUUCAUCUUCUGCAUCAUCAGCCUUCCGUUGCUGAUGAUCCAACCUCAUCGGCUGCAAAAGUUCUUUUACUUUACCAGCACGAUAACCCUAAUCUUCUUCGUGGUUCUCCUGAUCUGGGCAUUGGCCACAAUGGGACCUCGUGGUUUUGGAGACACCAUCAGCUCUGGAUCUGUCCUUCCCGCAACUGGGGGCCCAGAUAGCGUCGCGUGGCUCAUGAUUAUGGGCAUCAUGUCCACUAUUGGUUCGAUUGCAGCGGGCAUCCUCAACCAAAACGACUACGCUCGACUUGCUAGACGUCCUGGCGAUGCCAUCUGGGGACAGGCUUUUGCCUUUCCCUUCUACGGUAUUUUUGCUUCAAUCCUGGGAAUUCUUGUCACGGCAGCAACGCAGGAUCGCAUGGGUGAAGCGAUCUGGAACCCGCCAACGUUGUUCGUCCGUUUGCUCGAAAAGGACAAUAGUGCCGGAACUCGCGCAGCCGUCUUCUUUUCGGGACUCGCCUUGGUAGUUUCGCAGAUUGGAAGCAAUCUCCCCGGUAACGCACUGGCUGGUGGCAUCGAUCUGUCUUCCGUGUUUCCUCGAUACAUCAACAUUCGACGAGGAGCGUACAUUACUGCGAUUCUUAGCCCAAUCGUCAACCCCUGGCGACUCGUCAAUACCGCCACCAUCUUCCUUACAGUCCUGUCGAGUUAUGGCGUAUUCCUUGCACCGAUGACGGGCUUGAUGGUUGCAAGCUACCUCGUCGUGUGCAAGCAGAAGCUGAACGUCGACGACCUCUACCGUGGCGAUAAGGGCAGCAUAUACUGGUACACGUGGGGCGUCAACUGGCGUGCUCCGGUUGCGUGGAUUGUGGGGGUCGUUCCCUGUCUGCCCGGUUUUAUUGCCGCAGUAGACACCUCAGUCAGCGUUUCUGAUGGUGCAACGGAACUAUACUACACCAAUUAUAUGUAUGGCUUUCUUUCAAGCGCCUUGGUCUAUAGCGUGCUUCACUUUGCGUUCCCCGAUGCCAGGUCGGAUGAUUUCGUGCGCAACAGCCCCAGUGCCAGGGAUCUCCAGCAGCAGUAUCAGUCUCGGUGGGAUGAUGUGACAUUGGCAGAGACACCGGAACUCCAUGACGACAGCUCGGAUUCACAUAAGAACCAGGGACUGGAGACGACUACUCGGAUUUAGAAGAACGACGUUAAAAGAAGAAUGUGUUUCAAUUGGCAGGGCGAAUUUUAAUGUUUUGGUCGAUAUUAGUAUAAUAAAUGGAACAUGGGCUUGCUAGUCUUUCUCGCUAAAUGUGGCCAAGCCAAACUGG